AGCGAAAAUGCACGUCAGAGUUGAGUAGAGGGUUACAUUUAUAGGUCUGGAGACGCUGCUGUGAUUUCGGUGUGUUUUUCUCUGUUCUAGACUACCUGAAGGGCGCAUAGGUACGCACUAUGGGAGGCAAACUGUCCAUUGAUGACAGUGUCCAUGUGGUGAUUGUUGGCGGUGGGUUUGGUGGAAUUGCAGCUGCCCAGCAACUUAAACAUCAUGGGGUGCCCUUUAUGCUGAUUGACCUCCUAGAUGCAUUUCAUCACAAUGUUGCAGCACUACGUGCUUCUGUUCAAAGUGGCUUUGCUCGGCAGACUUUCAUCCCGUACAAAGAGACUUUUGGAACGAGUUUCCUUCAGGGACGUGUCAUACGCAUAGACACCACAGCACAGUUUGUUUUGCUCGACAAUGGAAAGGAAGUUAGAUAUUCCCAUCUCAUCCUGUGCACUGGGUCAGAUGGACCCUUUCCUGGCAAAUACAAUGCUGUGGAUUCGUACCAGAAAGCCAUUGCGAAGUAUGAAGACAUAGUGAAAGAGAUCCAGACAGCAGACUCUGUUCUCGUAGUUGGUGGUGGAGCCACUGGGGUGGAAAUGGCUGCUGAGAUCAGGACAGAAUAUCCGACCAAGAAGGUGAUUCUAAUUCAUUCCCGUGAGGCCCUAGCAGACCCAGAGCUGCUCCCCAGUGUGAGAGAACAGGCCAAACAGGUGCUGCUAGAAAAGGGAGUGGAACUGUUACUUGGACAGAAGGUGUCAAAUAUGAAUGAGCUGGAGUUCAACGUGACUCGGAAGGGCACCGUGGUCAAGACCGAUAAGGACGAGCAGUUCACUGUGGAUCUUGUCAUUUGCUGUGCAGGGAAUAAGAUCAACUCGGAUGCAUACAGGUCCAGUCUAGGUGGGUGUCUGGCAGAAAAUGGGGCCCUGAAAGUGAAUAAGCACAUGCAGAUUGAGGGCUUUACCAAUAUAUACGCUGUUGGGGACUGUGCAAAUGUCAGCGAACCCAAGAUGGCCUAUCAUGCUGGUCUCCAUGCAGCAGUAGCUGUCACCAAUAUUAUUAACAGCCUGUCUGGAAAAGCACUGACGUCAUACCACACAGGAAAUGUGACAAUGCUGUUGGCUAUGGGUAGAGAUGAUGGGGUGGGCCAGUUCAAUGGCUAUAAACUACCUCGCUUCCUAGUCACUAAAGGAAAGAGUCAGGGUCUGCUGCUGUGGAAGAGCUGGAGGGAAAUGGGACAGAAAGCCCCCAGCUAGAAGAAAGGUAUUGCCCAUGUUUAGGUUACAUCCAAACAGGCCAACCCAGCUCUAAGAGCGUGUUUUAUUAUGUACAACAAGAAUAAAUUAAUCUAUUUGUUGAACAGUUUCACAGGUUUGCAACAAUCAUUAAAUGUACUGUUGUAAAAAGUAAUGAAAAAUAAUGUUAACUUUUACGUUCCUUUUAUAAUGUCUUCUGAUCUUUUUAAGCGCUAGUCUUUGUAAUUUUUCAUAUGUGGACAAAUGUGUUUUUACUGUGAUAUGUUUCACACAUUUCUUUUUCAGCUGAAGUAAAGCUGUCAUUAAAGUAAAUUGUAGUUUACCAUUUACAGCCCAGCUCUCUACAACACUUUGUGAAAAAAUACCCAAAAAUCACCUCUAGGUGGAGACAGAUUUACACAAAUUGCAGUAAAUGUACUGCAGUGAGAGUAGAUUUAUGGUCAGAUGAUUUUGCCUGUGGAGAUUCUGCUGUUAGAUCUUUUUGAUGAUUAGGUAUAGUGGAUGAAUAUGAAGUCAUAAAUACUCUGCAUAAUAAAGUAUGUAUUUAAUGUCAACCUCAAA